UACAGCAGCCUAUCCACCAGCCCCAGUGUCCUGCUCAGACACAUCACAUAACUCUGCUCACACCAGUCCAGUCCAGGAGAAAGAUGGGGGUCAAUACUCGCUGUGUUGCUCUGCUGGUUCUGCUGCUGUUAGCUCAAGUCCUAAGCGGUGUUCACUCUCAGGAGGAGGAAGAGGAGGUCCAGGAGCUGCAGGAGGAAGAGGUACCACUAGAAGACGAGGUGCAGGAGGAGGACGUACCACUAGAAGACGAGGUGCAGGAGGAGGAGGUCCUAGAGACAUGGACAGGGACAGGGAAAGCCUGCACAUGUGACUGUGAAGGGGGGGAUUCUUCAACAGGUACCCUCAUUAUGACAUCACCUGUCCUGGCCACGCCACCUCCUCAGAGCCGCCCACUAGACUGCAUGCCAGAGUGUCUCUAUCACAAGCCCCUGGGGUUCGAGGCUGGCUCAGUGACACCGGACCAGAUCAGCUGUUCUAACCAGGAAGAGUACACCGGCUGGUAUUCCUCCUGGACCUCCAACAGGGCCCGACUCAACAGCCAGGGCUUCGGGUGUGCAUGGCUGUCUAAGUUCCAGGACAACAGCCAGUGGAUCCAGAUUGACCUGCAGGAUGUGGGCGUGGUUUCAGGUAUCCUGACCCAGGGUCGCUGUGAUGCUGAUGAGUGGCUGACCAAGUACAGUGUCCAGUACCGCACCGACCAGAACCUCAACUGGAUCUAUUACAAGGACCAGACUGGCAACAACAGGGUGUUCUAUGGGAACUCGGACCGCUCGUCGUCCGUUCAGAACCUGCUGCGUCCUCCUAUUGUGGCCCGCUAUGUUAGGCUCCUCCCUCUGGGCUGGCACACCCGCAUCGCCCUGCGGAUGGAGCUGCUGAUGUGCAUGAACAAGUGUCCCUAAAACCCGUGACCCUAACCCCUAACCCCUAACCCCU